GCGCAUUUUGCACUCGACCUGUUCACGAUUUCACUAGGAGUGCGGAUUUCUCCAACUCUCCGGCUGCGGUAGAAAAGAGAGCUCGUUCUCUAGGCUCAAUCAAAUCACAACGUCGAAACUUGGGUCGCGUUUCAUACUUUGCCACUUUGUGGGUCCUGCUUGAAGGCAGUGCAACUGACGAGACUGCAGACGGCUACCUCCGAGUCCGUCCUAUAUUGUGUCUUGUGUGUCCCGGCCACUGGCCACAGAUCUUUGGCCAUCGCGUAAACAUGCCACAUAAAUACCAAGGUCACAAAGGGAACAUGGUUUCGUUUCACCACAUCCACUGGCUUCGAACCCACUACCUGGGAAAAACCUCCUGCUUCUCUGUUCUUAUGGCUGACCCUGCCGAUGGCCGACUGCCCUUCGACGACGAGGAUUUCAUUGAUGAUAUCAAGGUAGAGAAACUCUUGUUCGUCGGCAGCGAGGAGUUGCCAGACAAGGGAUCUGACAAUACUACCGAGCAACGACCUCAUGCCGUGUCGUUUCUUGUUCCGCCUGUUCCUGCUUCUGCUUGUACUCUUCGUGGUAUUCCCAAUGCUCCCGCAAGAUUGCUACGUACAGUCGCGUUCACACCGCCAACGCCAAUCAAACGUGGACUUUCAUCGAUAAAAGAGAAGAACGAGUACAAGAAUGAAGCCCUGGUCAACUUCCUCAAGAGCGAAUACUCUGACAAGAUUGACACCGACUAUGACAUCGAGGACUUUGUUCGUCACGUUUGGAAGUUCGAUGCCAAGACGAUUCCGACAAAAAUAGAUUAUCAGCUUCGCGCUGAUGCUUGCUCGGACUUCUUGGGAGGUCAAUACGUGAAGAAGAAUGGUAAGAUUACGGAGAAGGAAAGGGCGUGUUGCACUCACUUCGUCAAAGUCUUGAGUGGCCUUUUCGGAGCGUUGAGAAAGAACGUCGAUCGUGCUCAGCAAGUGAUAUUGAAUGCGUUCUCUGCCAAGUUUAUGUUCCUAUUUGACCGAACGAUAGCGGGCGACUAUGCUCACCUGAAGCCAGACAUAGGAUAUACACCGAAGGACUUGAAAUUAGAUGAGCAGGCGUGGGAGCUUCUUGGACUGUUUGGAGAGAUGAAGAAACGAUCAGUGCAGACGCAUAUGGUUCGCGAAAAAUACCCGAUUGACCUGGGGCAACUCCGAAAGGUCAGGAGAGGUGCUCGUACUACCAAGAAGAUGGCGACAGCGCCAGAUAGGAACACUACGACACCGCCGACUCAUCCGAUGGUUACACGUUCUAUAGACAAGACUGGCGCGGCCGAAGACGGUUCCAGACGGGCCAUUUCCGCCAGAUCGACGACAAAACGGAAGUCUCGCGAUAUAGGCGUCGAUCAUCAUGCGGAGGGACCUGUACAGAAGAAACUUAGAGAUUCGGUGCAUCCGCACCCAGUCGCGUAUGCUAAGAGCAACGAGACACGUAUGACGAACACUCAGGCACAGGUCGUGAAGUAUCUCAACGAGCUUCUUUCUCAUGGUAUUCGACAAUACUCCACUGGCUUCCUCAUCGAAGACACAAAAGUCACACUGUGGUACAGCGAUCGCAUGGGCAUCGUGAAGAGCAAAUCGUUUGAUUUCAUCCUGGAACCCCACUACCUAUUGUUGAUGGUGGCAGGAAUCGCAUUUGCCGACCGUCAUCGCCUUGGAUGUUGUCCACUUAUUGAGUGGUCCCCGAGGCACCUAUUGGACUACAGGGAAACGACAUUGAAGCUCCCUCAUGCGCUGGACGCUGAAGACGUGGAACUCAAGGACUUGGAAUUCAAACUGGAUGUGAACAGGAAGCGCGAGGUGAAGACGGCUUACGGGGCAAUUGGACGUGGAACGACGAUCGUGCCUCUAAAGGCAAGGGGUGCGGCGGCUGCGCUGUUUGGGUCUGGAAAUCUGGUGGCGAAGAUGGCUUGGCAACCAGUGAAUCGAGUGUGUUUCGAAGACCAAGUUGUGAAAGUUGUGCGAAAGAAGUUACGGGACUCUGGCCAGCCACACUUGAAGAAUAUGCUGAAGCAUAUCACAGACCUGAAAUGUUCACUGACGUUGAACAUGGACGACCCACUGCUCGGCUUGCCUCGAGGGACAAUGGAGCUCCCUGACCCAUACGAACUUCGACUAUUCAAGGUCCUUAUCAUCGAUGAAUAUCUGCCUCUCCAGUUCGUCGACUCCCUAGAUGAGUUCAAAAGGAUAAUGAGACACGUGGUCGAAGCUCACUAUUGGGUCUACGAGAUAGCGGAAGUGCUUCAUCGUGACGUCAGCAAUGGCAAUGUGAUGUUCUACCGGCUGAAUGACGGGAGCGUGAUGGGAGUUCUUUCGGACUGGGAUCUUUCAACGAAAAAGGAUGGGCAGCUAGUCAAGAAUGCUUCUACUGCUCCCGUGGCAAUAGACCCGAUCGCAGACGCUAGUAGGUCUGACGCUGAAGGCGACAUGGACGCGCUACUUACUCAGGUGAGAUAUCGGACAGGGACAGGACCAUUCAUGGCGCUGGAUCUACUUGUUGCCACUGAGACGCCUCUGCAUCUUUACCGACAUGAUCUGGAGUCAUUCUUCUAUGUCAUGGUCUGGUUUUCCGCGGUCUUUAACCCGAAGACGCACGAACUUGGAUAUCUGGAAGCUUGGGAGCAAUCUUCCUUGAAGGUGAUCGGCACGGCAAAAAAAGACUUCCUUAAGGAAUCCGAUGAGUUUGAACGUAUUCUCCGAAACGUGCAUCAUUCGUUCUUGCCGUUGAUAUCCUCAUGGCUUUCUCCUCUGUAUGAAGACUUCGGCGAAACAAUACUGGAUGCGGUCACCGCUAUGGACAAGAUUCGGCAACUCCAAUCGAAGAUUGUCCUCGCACGUAAGAGGCCUGGCCCUAACACAGAGGCGGCUGUAUCUGAGCUUGAGAAGCGGAUCAAGGAGAUGGAGGAGAAGCAUGACGGUGCACAAUCUGCACUCACCUAUGAAAGAUUUAUGGCUAUUCUGGUCAGAUAAUGGUCUCGUUGCGACCGUUGAGGUUAUGUAUGUAUUAUUUCCGCUAGAUUAUCUGUACAUCAGGACGAAUUGUGAACAUUUACAUUGAUCUAUAACAUUUGAUAAUAUUUGUCUGCUC